CACAACAACAGCAACAGCAACAACAAGUGCCACCAUCGGCGGCGGAUCCUUACCACUACUACCACCAGCACCAGCCAAGACCACCAGUUCCUCCACAACCGCAAGGAAGCACUACAUGGUACUCCAAUCAUUUCCAAUACCAACCACCACAGCCACCGCCACCACCAUCACACUCUCCAUCUGCUCCACCUCCCCAGCAGUGGCCUGUACCUCCUCCUCCCUCUUCUUCAUAUCCUUAUCCUACGCACCUUCCCCCUCAAAGCCACAACUUCCCUCCUCCUCGCCCCCACGUGCCUCCACCAACACAACCUUACUCUCAGGAAUGGGGGAAUCCUAAUUGGGGACAGCACCAAGCUUGGGAAUAUCCAGCAGCAGCUCAUAACCAUGUGGAGGAUUGGGCUGCUAAGGCCAGAGCAUGGGCAGCUGCGAAAAAAGGGUCACCUGACGACCAGCAUCCUCAUGCUCAGUUUACACCAGUUGGCAGAUCAGAAGAAAAAAGUUGGUAUUAUGACCAGUAUCCGCAAACUGUCGAUACUCAUUAUCAAGGUCUUCAGCAGCAUCCAUUUCCUGCAACGGGCUAUCAACAGUUUCCAGUUUCAGGCACUCCUUUGCAGCAGUCACCGGUAGCUUAUCCACAGGAGAAUGCAUCUUUCAACAGGGGACAAUCUUCAUAUGUUUCUGAUAGGCCCCUACCCAACGCUGGUGGGGCUGCAUCUUCAAUUGCAAGUCCGUCUGUUUAUCAGCAGGAGGUACCUUCUAGUUAUUCUUCUGUUACAGGUAAAGAAGAGACUGAAGAUCCAAAGGAGCAGCUUUACAAAUCAUUGCCUUUGGCCAUUUCCUCUGCUCAAGAAGGACAGCAUCGUAUCCCACCAUCACUGCCUGCUGCUGGUAGAUCAGUUUUGACUGAGCAACCUUUUGCAUACAGCAAUCAGGCAGCUAAUCCCACAGCCGACCUCAGUAAUCAGCCUUUGGAAUUUGCACCUGGUUUCAACUCUGAUCAUGAUCCUCAUGUACAAUCAAGCUAUGCUGCACAUCAUGAUUCAGCAGGAACUGUGAAAAGCUUUGGCCCUGCUGCACCCAUGCCUUCAAUUAGUUCCUGGAAUCCUGCUGUUACAACUGGUGUAGUUUAUCCCCCAAUUCCUCCAGUUUUUCCACCAGGGCCUCAGGAUCCUACCAUAUCUGUGCCUUCUUCUGUUUCUGGGCAUGCUGCACCACCAUUUGGAAACUUUCCUGGAACAAGUUUUCAGGCCACAAUUUCACCAGUUGGUGUGCCAUAUGGUCUUGGUGCAGGAAAUGCACUUCAUCCUACUGGAGGCUUCGCAGAUGCUUAUGGGGUUUCUAAUGUUUCUGAACGCCCAAAAAAGUCUUCUGUGCCUAAUUGGCUUAAAGAAGAAAUAAUUAAGAAUGCCCCUGUCAUGAUGAGGCCUUCUCUAGAGCAUCCUAGAGAGGAAACACAAUCUAUUGAGGAUGACGAUGCUGAAAAAUCAUUUGGAAAGGGUAAUCAAGCAGGUAGCAGAAACAUCGAUUCCCCAAGUUCUACUGAAGAAAAGGAUGACGAUGAGGAUUAUGCCGAAGCAGCCAGGACUGCAGCUAUUAACCAGGAAAUCAAACGUAUCCUAACUGAGGUUCUUUUGAAGGUUACUGAUGAGCUGUUUGAUGAAAUUGCAACAAAAGUUCUUGAUGAAGAUGAUCUGAUGGUUGAAGUCGAGCACCAACCAGCUGCUUCAAAUCAAAAGGUAUCAUCCCCUUCUCACCCAGCUAUCUCAACUCUAAAGGCUUCUGCAAAGCUUCUAGUUCCUGUUGGAAACAAGGAAUUUGAGAACAAAGAUGUCAAUGAAAAAUCUAGUUCCAGCUCCCCUGGAAAUGUUUUGGGUCUCGCUAACUAUGCCUCUGACGAAGAUGACGAUGAAAUCCAGAGUUCCAGCGUAUCAAAUUCGAGGAAAAAUUCUGUGGUUCAACUGUUGGCCAUUCCAGAGAUCGCUGAAGAUAAUGAUGGAGCUGAAAAUGGCAAUUCACAAGUAGAACUUGUAAAGAACACUGGAGCUACAAAUUUAGAGAGUGAUCUGAGCAAAACAAGUUCAAUUGGGUCUGAUAAUAAAAUCAAUGGUGCUUUUAGCGAGUUGCGCGAGCAUGUGCAUUCCGAGGUGGUCUUUGGAGCCAGACAUGUUGAAAUUAGUGUCAAUGGAGAAGAAAAAAUAGAAAACAAUAACAAGGCUGCAUUCAAAGCUACAACUGGAGAACAUGCCAAAAUGAAAUCUGAACCACUUGGUGAGAGUGUCAGUGUGGAAAAAUCUGUGGUCGAUUAUUCUCAUACUAGGGGUACCAGGGUGAGAUCAGAUCAAGACGGUCGACAUGAAACUAGAAGUAGUGGGAGUAGGGCAGAUGAGAAGGGGGAUGAUGAUCACAGGAGACAGGAUGGAAAGCAUCCAAGCAAGGAAAAAACAGAUGAUCUGAAUGGCUCAAAAGAGAAAAAGAAAGAGCGAAAUGAUAAGACAGGAGCUAGUGCAAAGGAACCAGAAUCAAGAAGAAGGUCAUGUCAUGCUGAAGUCAAGGAGGACAGGAAAGAGGAAGAAAAACCCCACAGAUCUAGUGCCAAAGAAAAUGCCAUCAGAAAGAGAGACCGCACAAAGGAAAAGGAGGAAGACAAAGCAAGACAUAAACUUACCAGUGAUUCAAUCAAGCACAAGAGAACACGCUCCUCUUCAAUCAGCAGUAGGGGUAGAAACAGCAAGGACAAUGAUUCAAGUGAUGAAGCUUCAGAUGAUUCUAAGAGGAAACAUUCAAGGAAGCGGCGUUCUUCACCAUCUCCUGUCAGAUCUAGAAGAAGACAAGUAUCGCGGUCACCUCAUAGCAAGCAUUCCCAGCGCAGGCAUUCUCCCUACUCUUCUUUUGAGACCACAAGGUAUGUUGCCAUGCAAUCUUCAAGAAUGAGAUUGUGUGUUAGUGUUUCUGAGACAUGCACAACCAUUUGCUGCAAAGGUGAAAGCAUUGAGCUUCUGAUUUGUGAAUACUUAGAUAGUAGUUUAAUUAGAAUCAACUUAGAGAGGCGAUUCACAAGGCGUAAUGAGCUAUAUGGUAAUAAUAAUAAUAAAAAAGUAAUGGAAGGCGACGUUUGGGUGACGCAUAACUUCACGUCUUCCCAUGCGAUUCCCCGUCUUGGUGGUGCUGCUUCCAAUGGCCAUGGCGGGUUGAUUGCUCUCGCUUUGUAUGCCACUCGGAGGUUACCGCCAUCUUCUUUUAAGCAGACAAGACCCCGAGGCUUAAGCCAUCCAGUCACCACAAUAAUAUUUUCUGCGCCUACUGCCCCUGGCUCCAACCAGAGUCUUGCUAUUCGAUCAUGGCUUGCUUUGUCCCCUCAAAUCACUGUCGUUUUGUUCACUCAACACCCUUCUUUUGCCCCCGCUUUUGGUUCCCAGGUUUUGGUUGAUUACACUACUGAUUUCACGUUCCUUGACAUCCCAUUCUUUAAUUCCAUGCUUGAAAAAUCACGGUUAUACACGACAGGUAUUACUGUUUUUGUUGAUCCACGGACGGUUCUUGUGUCUGACCUCAUUUCCACUUUAAAUUAUGCUUGCGAACUUGACCAUGAUUGGCUUCUUGUGGCUUCGUUACGAAACGUUGCCUACUUCCCGUUCCAUUUGGAUGAUGCUGGGGAACACUGGCUUAGAGAGGAUGGCCAAAGGGUAAGACGCCAGGAGUUGCAGGGGAUGCUUGGUCAUCAUUGGCAGUGGAAUCAUUGUGAGGACAGAAUGCUUAUGGCAUGGAACAACAGAAAUCUACGUUUACAUAAUGGAGUACUUCCUCCUUUCUUGUAUGGCAAGGGGUUUCACAUCCACUGGAUCAUCAAUGAGGCUGUCUUUUCUGAAUUUAGGCUUGUCUUCGAUGCAAGUCGGACCAUCUCAUGUUUCUCUCUUAAUUAUCCUGAACACUGGUCUGAACAGUCAGGCAGAGGAUCUAGUGCUUUAGAGAUUGAAAACAGAAGCUGGGAAGACAGUGGCAAUUCCCAUCUGGGUGCAAUAAAUGCCUCCAUGUUUUUCCAUCAAAUUAAUUAUACUGGUCUAGUAAAGCUUUUGAAUUGUGAGGGGAAAUAUAUUUUUGCUGACAUAACAGAAGACAUUGUUUAUCCACUGUGUGCCAGACAGGAAGUCAGUGGACUCGAAGAGUUUUGAGAUCCUUUUACCUUGAGGAAAAAUAUGGAUUCUGCCGAAAAUGUCAAAUCACAAAACAGAAUAUUAAAUUGCUCUCUGAGAGAUCAGUUAAAGUCAUUGGGCUCAUUAGAUUUUCCAUUUUCUAUGGAGUCACUCCUUUCAAUAACUCCAGACAAGAAUAAAACAAUCGUGCUUGCUGUUGCUGGAUAUAGUUACAAGGACAUGCUAAUGAUUUGGUGGGCGAUUACGCCUCCUCCAGGUGAAACAUAUCAGUUCUCUAUCUUACAGGGCUUACCUGUUUUCCAUGAUCCAUCAGCCCCAAGAAACAUCAGCUUUGACGAUUGCCACUUUGGAACAGCAUGCUUUCUGAGAGUCACCAAAGUGAAGUCCAGAAUGGUUUGGAAGAUACUGAAACUCCGGUACAACGGACUUCUAAGUGAUGUGGAUGUUUAUUGGUUUGGGUAUCCAUUACCAUUGCUUUAUUCAUUUCGUCCUGGUGUUCUUGUGGCACGGUCCAACAAGUGCCAUGACACAGGACCUGUAAACUUACCCAGGGGAUUGUACCCUGGUUUCUACGUUGCUUGUUCUAAUGGUUCAACUGUAGCUGCUAUGUAGAAGGUGGUAAAGCAUGCAGCAACAUCAAUCCUGUCUGAACAGCCAAGCUUCUAUGACACAUUGUGUGGAGAAGGUGGAUCCUAUCGUAUCAGUGAUAACAGUUGUGUGGAACCUGAUACAAAUCUGACUGUUCCUUUCUUGGAUAGGAAGCUCUUCCCUAACGGUGCAUCCUUAAACCUAUUGCAGAAGAAAAAUGUGAAAAAGACCUGCAUGAUGAAGGGUUGUCUUGUUCUUCAUAACAACUGGAUCAGUGGGAGGAUGAAGAAAUUGGACCGACAGAUUGUGUCAGGUUUAUGGGAGUAUGAUACAAGCAGAAUGUGCCUGCAAAGAUAGCACAAUUCCAAAUUGAUGUGAUAUUUUUGUUACCUAGUUGUUGAUGGGUUGGUGUAUCUUAUCUGCUGUGCUAGGCUAACUUUGAUAUUCACGCGGAAGAAAAGAAAGGAAAUUAUUCCCUUCCCCAA